UCCUGAUGUGCGAGCCGGUCACCAUGUCGUGCGGCCACACGUUCUGCCGGAGAUGCGUGGGGGGCUACCUUCCGUCCAAAUGCCCGUCGUGCAAAGAGAGGUUAAAACAAAGAGAGGUGAAAAUCCUGAAGAACAACGUCUUGCUUGUCAGCGUCGUCGAGAAGUGCUGCCCCGACGAGACGAAGACGAAGUGCCAAAUCCAGGAGAAGCUCAAAGCCAACGAGUUCAUGGAAGCUUUACGCAUUGCGAAUGAGGGGCUACACUUAGUCCCAGAUGAUCCGAGUUUGAAGGUGUACAGAGCUGAAGCUAACCGGGGCCUGAUGCGUUUCUCUGAUGCUCUGACAGACCUGGACUACCUCUGCUGCCUUCGUCCUAGCUGGACUGAGGGCUUCUUUCGUAAAGGGAAUGUGCUGCUGGACCUGGGUCAGCACACAGACGCCCUCAUCCAGUUCUACCGCUGCCUAAAACUUCAUGCUGACUUUGGCCCUGCAAAGAGCCAGAUCAAGAAGAUUCUGGAGGCAGAGGGCGUGGCAGUGCCGGACGAGGCAUCCUGUAUCUUGCAAGUGGUGUCUGAGUACCUGAAGGGUCCCUGCCCCAUUACCAGCGUCAGUGACUCCCAGGGGCCAAGUCACCCUGAGGGCCUCAAACAUCCAUGUGGGGAUGACGGCGAGGGAAAAGGGAGGAGAGAGGCACACCAGGGCUCGAAGGUGAAGCAGGACACGGGGACUGAGUGCUGCCUCAGCCUCUGCCAAGCUGUGUCCUUCCUCCCUGCUGCUGAGGAGGACGAGGAGAUGAUGAUGAGUAAGGAAGAUGAACAUGGCAAGGGUACAACUGGUCCCAGCAGGGAGAAAAGGCUGAGUGUUCUCAGCGUGUCAGACUUUGAGUGCCCUCUCUGCAUCAGGUUGUUCUUCGAGCAGUCACAGCCCUGUGGUCACACCUUCUGUAAAAACUGCAUAGAGAGGAGUCUGGACCACAACUCCGCUGUCCUCUGUGCAAACAGCCCCCAAGAGUUCUUUAAAAACAGGAAGUACAACCCCACCGCUCUGCUCCAGGAGAUCAUGGCCCACCUGUUCCCCUCCCAGCUGGCUGAGCGGAAGCAGGUCCACGAUGCCGAGAUGGCUGAACUGUCCAAUCUGACUAAGGACAUCCCUAUAUUUGUCUGCACGGUGGCCUACCCUGGACUGCCCUGCCCCCUGCACAUCUUCGAGCCUCGAUAUCGGCUGAUGAUGCGGCGCUGCAUGGAGACUGGCACCAAGAAGUUUGGCAUGUGCAGCUAUGAGCACGGCAAGGGGUUUGCAGACUACGGCUGCAUGUUGGAGAUCCACAGUCUGGAGCUGCUGCCUGAUGGGCGCUCCUUCGUGGACGCAGUGGGGGGCAGCAGGUACAAGGUGCUGAAGAGAGGUCAGAGAGAUGGCUACCACACCGCUGAUAUAGAGUACCUGGAGGACCUCAAGGUUGAUGGGGGGGAGUUGGAGCUUUUGGAGAGUCUCCAUGAUAGUGUGUACCAGCAGGCUCAGGACUGGUACCAGCGUCUUGGCAGCCGCAUCCGUGAGCAGAUCAACAGACAGUACGGCACCAUGCCAGAUAAGGAGGAAAACAUUCAGGCCUCGUCCGACGGUCCCGCCUGGUGCUGGUGGCUGCUCUCGGUCCUCCAGCUGGACCCUGCCUAUCAAACCACUGUCCUGUCCCUGACCUCACUCAAAGACCGCUUGGGACACCUCCGACUCGUCUUGGAGUACUUCUCUCAGAGCUAGACCCCGCAGCUCUCCAUCCCCCAUGCCACCGAGCUGUACUCUGAAACUUAAAGUCACGGCUAAAGGCCAAAUCAUGUGGUCAAUAGCAGACAGAGCGGGAUUUUAUAACAAAACACAGUGCAGUUGUACAGAGUUGGGCUUUUGGUGUUUGAGUUUGCAUGCGUUAUCUUUCUUGCACCAUUUUGUUCCCCAGGAAGUCGAGGGUUCAGCCUAGUUUCUGAAUAAACGGUGUGCUUGCUGCAGCAGUGAGAACUACAGGGCCGACCAAAGAAGCUUCAUGUUUGGAUCCAUCAAAAGUAGUAAUACACUAUUGGUUGAUCAACUAAAUCAGUUCAAAUCUUAUUGCUAAAAAUAAG